UCAAAAAAGGGCAUCUUUGUUUUAGCAAUACAUGUAGACAGAAAUUGAAGACUACUACAGCUCUUUACGUAUAUCGCAAGAAGUCACAGAAAAGGUGCGACGUAAUGUAAUGGAUCUUUAUCAUUUAUGUCAAAAUUGUUGGCUAACGACUGGUCAUAAUCAUGAGAGAAUUUUGCUCUAUUUGACCUUCAUCGCUUGGGUUGCUGAGAGUUUUGGAAAACGGCGGAAGACUUCUUGGGGACAAUUCACCAAACUGUUCGAAGUCAGUAACACAAAGGCAAAUGAUAAGCAAAAAAGUAUUCUCAAAUACUUGGUUGAAAUGGCAAGUAACAUCCCGUGGAUCGAUAUGAGUGACUUCAAACAUGACAAAGAUGUUCUAGCCCAUUUAAAUGACAUUUUGAAAUACAGAAAUUUACUUGUAAAUGAAAUAACCAUGGAGAUGACUAAAAUUAGGGAUAACAUUGAUGAAAAGGAUGUUGCAGAAGUGGAUAACUUUAAAGAUGGUGAUCCAAAUAAAGAUAAGUUUCCACAAGUGGGCGAUGGUAUCAAAAAUGAAAAGCAGAUAAACAAUAACACGACUCCUGACAUGGAACAAAAAUUUGAAACUGGGAGGUGCGUAUCACAUAAAAACAAUGAUGUUGCAUAUGAUAGAAAUGAGAAAAAAUAUUCCCGACGAUUCAAACGAGAGCGUCGUGAUUGGACAGUGCCCAAAGUAAAGUCUCAUAAAAGAAUUGCAGAUGAAUCAGAUAAUAUUAUUAUAGAACACCCAGAUCUCGAUUGUGAAGAUUUAACCGAGCAUGAUAUUCCUGAUGAAGAUGUUGAGAAAUAUGUUAAAUCUGAACAUGAAGUUAAAAGAUUGAAACUCUUCGAUGCUCAGUCUGAAUUUGAUAAUUGAGCGGUAUAUGUAUAAUUGUACAUACCAGGUCCAUAACCACUGACCUGUUAAAGAGAACACAUUUUUUAAUGAUCAAGAUAUGUAAAUGCAAAGUAUUGAUGAAUAAAAAAAUUGCAAUCUGAGGUAGAAAAAAAAAAAAAAAAAAAAAAAA